GUCGCUCGCCGCCCCCAUCGGUGGCAAACUUCGCGGCGUCCCCGGAGCUGGUCCGAGCGAGACAGAUCUCACCAAUAAAAUAAAAUCCAAUUUCCCCUUCCCACCCCGAACCAUGGAGGCUGCGGCCGCUGGAGUGCCCCCGCCGGCGGCGGCCCCUGCCCGCUAGCUGGGGACCAACAGCGCCACGGCGAGCGAGCGGGCGAGCGAGGAGGGGAGAGGGAGUCUGUCUGCAAAGUGCUGCUCCCUGGUGCUCAGAGGCGGCUGCUCCAGCUCCAACUCUCAUUCAUUUCGCCGGUUAACAUGAGAGAUCAUGGCCGCCUUCGGGCUUCUCAGCUAUGAGCAGAGACCGCUGAAGCGCCCCCGGCUCGGGCCGCCCGAUGUCUACCCGCAGGACCCCAAGCAGAAGGAGGAUGAACUGACUGCUGUGAAUGUAAAGCAAGGCUUCAGCAACCAGCCAGCCUUCACUGGGGAUGAGCACGGCUCGGCCAGGAACAUUGUGAUCAACCCGUCAAAGAUCGGAGCUUAUUUCAGCAGCAUAUUAGCUGAGAAACUAAAGCUUAACACUUUCCAGGAUACCGGAAAGAAGAAACCCCAAGUUAAUGCUAAAGAUAAUUAUUGGCUGGUUACUGCUCGAUCUCAGAGUGCAAUUCAUAGUUGGUUCUCUGACCUAGCAGGAAAUAAACCACUUGCUAUUUUGGCAAAAAAGGUUCCCAUCCUUAGUAAAAAGGAGGAUGUUUUUGCGUAUUUAGCUAAAUAUUCAGUACCAAUGGUUCGAGCGACCUGGCUGAUCAAGAUGACUUGUGCCUAUUAUUCUGCCAUUUCUGAAGCUAAAAUCAAGAAACGUCAGGCCACUGACCCCAAUUUGGAGUGGACGCAGAUAUCUACUCGGUACCUUCGAGAACAGCUGGCCAAGAUUUCUGACUUCUACCACUUGGCGUCCACUGCGAGCGAUGGCCCUGUCCCUGUGCCCCCGGAGGUGGAGCAAGCCAUGAGGCAGUGGGAGUACAACGAGAAGCUGGCGUUUCACAUGUUCCAGGAAGGAUUGCUGGAAAAGCAUGAAUAUUUGACGUGGAUCCUGGAUGUCCUAGAGAAGAUCAGACCGAUGGAUGACGACCUUCUUAAACUCCUACUGCCGCUGAUGCUGCAGUACUCGGAUGAGUUUGUGCAGUCAGCCUACCUGUCCCGCCGUCUGGCCUACUUCUGUGCCCGGCGUCUGUCCCUGCUGCUAAGCGACAGCCACAGCCUCCUGGCCGCCCACUCCCCCCACAUGAUGAUCGGGCCCAACAGCUCGGGGAUCGGGGCGCCCAGCCCCGGCCCCCCCGGCCCUGGCAUGAGCCCCGUGCAGCUGGCCUUCUCAGACUUCCUUUCCUGCGCACAGCACGGGCCCCUGGUGUACGGACUCAGUUGCAUGCUGCAGACGGUCACUCUCUGCUGCCCAAGUGCCUUGGUGUGGAACUACUCCACAAAUGAAAGCAAGAGUGUGAGCGCGGGCUCACCUCUGGACCUGCUGCAGGUCGCCCCGUCCAGCCUCCCCAUGCCGGGAGGGAACACGGCAUUCAACCAGCAGGUUCGGGCCAAGAUCUAUGAGGUGGAACAGCAGAUAAAACAAAGGGGCCGUGCGGUGGAAGUCCGGUGGUCCUUUGACAAGUGCCAGGAGUCCACAGCAGGGGUGACUAUCAGUCGGGUUUUGCACACGUUGGAAGUCUUGGAUCGACACUGUUUUGACCGAACUGAUUCCAGCAACUCAAUGGAGACGCUUUACCAUAAGAUUUUCUGGGCAAACCAAAACAAAGAUAACCAAGAGGUCGCCCCCAAUGAUGAAGCCGUGGUGACGCUGCUGUGUGAAUGGGCCGUGAGCUGCAAACGGUCAGGCAAGCACAGGGCCAUGGCUGUAGCCAAACUCCUGGAGAAGAGGCAAGCGGAGAUCGAGGCCGAGAGAUGUGGCGAAUCAGAAGUCCUAGAUGAGAAGGAGUCCAUUUCUUCUGCUUCCCUUGCUGGCUCUAGUUUGCCUGUUUUCCAGAAUGUUCUGCUAAGGUUUUUGGAUACACAGGCCCCCUCAUUGUCGGACCCCAACAGCGAGUGCGAGAAGGUGGAGUUUGUGAACCUGGUGCUGCUCUUCUGUGAGUUCAUCCGUCAUGACGUCUUCUCCCAUGAUGCCUACAUGUGCACGCUCAUAUCUCGAGGGGACCUGUCCGUCACCGCCUCCACUGGGCUUCGGUCGCCCGCUGGGGAGAAUAUAGACGAGCACUAUCCCAAGGACCAUGAGGUGAAACUGGAGGAGCAGAGCAUCAUGGCGCACAUGGGCAUUGACCCAGGAACCGCUCACAUUUUUGAUGAAGUAGACAAGAGUGACUUUAAAGCCGACUUUGGCUCGGAGUUUCCAAUUUUUUCUCCCAUGCCUGGAGAGUCCUGUGAGAACACCAACCCUUCCUUGGGCAGAAGAAUGUCACUUAAUGGAGAGAAGUUGGCCAAGAGGGAAAAACCGAGGGAGUUGAUUUUCCCAUCUAAUUAUGACCUCCUCCGCCACCUGCAGUAUGCAACACAUUUUCCUAUACCUCUGGAUGAGUCCUCGAGUCAUGAAUGUAACCAGCGCACAAUCCUCCUCUACGGAGUGGGCAAGGAGCGCGAGGAGGCCCGGCACCAGUUGAAGAAGAUCACCAAAGACAUCCUGAAAAUCCUGAACAAGAAGAGCACCACAGAGACAGGCGUUGGGGAUGAAGGGCAAAAAGCCAGAAAGAACAAACAAGAAACAUUUCCAACCCUGGAGACGGUGUUCACAAAACUCCAACUUCUGUCAUAUUUCGAUCAGCAUCAAGUGACGUCUCAGAUCUCUAACAACGUGCUGGAGCAGAUCACCAGCUUUGCUUCAGGGACGUCCUACCACCUCCCGCUGGCCCACCACAUACAGCUCAUCUUCGAUCUCAUGGAGCCCGCACUGAACAUCAAUGGACUCAUUGACUUCGCUAUACAGUUGCUGAAUGAGCUGAGUGUCGUGGAAGCCGAGCUGCUCCUCAAGUCCUCCAGCCUGGCAGGCAGCUACACCACGGGGCUCUGCGUGUGCAUCGUGGCCGUUCUCAGGCGCUAUCAUAGUUGUCUGAUCCUGAAUCCUGAGCAGACAGCCCAGGUGUUUGAAGGGUUGUGCGGUGUGGUGAAGCACGUCGUGAACCCCUCAGAGUGCUCUUCCCCCGAAAGAUGCAUCUUAGCCUACCUCUACGACCUCUAUGUGUCCUGUAGCCACCUCAGAAGCAAGUUUGGAGACCUCUUCAGUAGUGCCUGUUCUAAAGUAAAGCAAACCAUAUAUAAUAAUGUGAUGCCUGCAAAUUCCAACUUGCGAUGGGAUCCCGACUUCAUGAUGGAUUUUAUUGAGAAUCCCUCAGCUCGAAGCAUCAACUACUCAAUGCUGGGCAAAGUCCUCAGUGACAACGCAGCCAAUCGCUACAGCUUUGUCUGCAACACGCUUAUGAAUGUCUGCAUGGGCCACCAGGAUGCUGGCAGGAUUAACGACAUAGCCAAUUUCUCCUCCGAGCUGACCGCCUGCUGCACUGUCCUCAGUUCAGAAUGGCUGGGGGUUCUGAAGGCUCUCUGUUGUUCUUCCAAUCACGUGUGGGGGUUUAAUGAUGUACUUUGCACUGUGGAUGUGAGUGACCUUUCAUUCCAUGAUUCAUUAGCUACUUUCAUUGCUAUUCUGAUAGCACGACAGUGUUUCUCCCUGGAGGACGUCGUGCAGCACGUGGCUCUCCCCUCUCUCCUAGCGGCAGCUUGUGGAGAUGCAGACGCGGAGCCCGGGGCGAGGAUGACCUGCCGACUGCUGCUUCAUCUGUUCCGCGCGCCACAGGCCUGCUUCUUGCCUCAAGCCGCCGGCAAACCUUUCCCCGGAAUAAGAUCAUCUUGCGAUAGACACCUCUUAGCUGCUGCUCACAACAGCAUUGAAGUGGGAGCGGUUUUUGCCGUAUUGAAAGCCAUCAUGAUGCUCGGAGAUGCCAAAAUUGGCAAUAACAGUGUCAGCUCCUUAAAGAACGAUGACUUCACCAUGAGGAGUUUGCGGCGGGAAGGGGCCUCGGAGGACGUCUGGCCUGCCUCUCAUAGCUCGAAGCCCUGCGCGAAGAGCAUCUCCAUAGAAACGGCCAAUUUAAGAGAAUAUGCUCGAUACGUGCUGAGGACCAUCUGCCAGCAGGAAUGGGUAGGAGAACAUUGCCUAAAAGAACCUGAAAGGUUGUGUACAGACAAAGAGCUGAUACUGGACCCCGUGCUUUCCAACAUGCAAGCACAGAAGCUCCUGCAGCUCAUCUGCUACCCACACGGCCUCAAGGAGUGCGCGGAGGGUGACAACCUGCAGAGGCAGCACAUCAAGCGCAUCCUGCAGAAUCUGGAGCAGUGGACAUUGAGGCAGUCCUGGCUGGAACUUCAGCUAAUGAUCAAGCAGUGCCUGAAGGACCCUGGCUCCGGGUCUGUGGCUGAAAUGAACAACUUGCUGGACAACAUUGCGAAGGCCACCAUUGAGGUGUUCCAGCAGUCCGCCGACUUGAACAACAACUCCUCGCACUCUGGCAUGGGCCUUUUCCACCCCAGUGGCAACGGGGGCGCUGAUACCAGUAGCACGAGGCAAAAUGGAAUCAAGACCUUUCUCAGUUCCUCUGAACGCAGGGGCGUGUGGCUGGUGGCCCCCCUCAUCGCCAGGCUGCCCACCUCUGUGCAGGGGCGGGUGUUGAAGGCUGCUGGGGAAGAGCUGGAGAAGGGGCAGCACUUGGGUUCUUCUUCCAAAAAGGAGCGUGAUAGACAGAAACAGAAAAGCAUGUCUCUCCUGAGUCAACAGCCAUUCCUCUCGCUGGUCCUCACCUGUCUCAAGGGACAGGAUGAGCAACGAGAAGGUCUGCUAACGUCCCUCCAGAAUCAAGUGAACCAGAUUUUAAGUAACUGGAAGGAAGAAAGGUACCAGGAUGACAUCAAGGCUCGGCAGAUGAUGCACGAAGCUCUGCAGCUGCGCCUGAACUUGGUGGGAGGGAUGUUCGACACAGUGCAGAGGAGUACCCAGUGGACGGCAGAAUGGGCCCUCCUGCUGCUGCAGAUCAUCACCUCAGGAACCGUGGACAUGCACACCAACAAUGAAUUAUUCACAACAGUCCUUGACAUGCUGGGUGUUUUGAUCAAUGGGACAUUAGCCUCUGACCUAUCAAGUGCAUCCCCAGGAGGCUCAGAAGAGAACAAACGUGCAUAUAUGAAUUUAGUAAAGAAGUUAAAAAAAGAGCUGGGAGACAAGCGGUCAGAGAGCAUUGACAAAGUUCGGCAGUUGCUGCCUCUGCCGAAGCAGACGUGUGACAUCAUCACCUGUGAGCCCAUGGGCUCCUUGAUCGACACCAAGGGGAACAAAAUCGCUGGAUUCGACUCAAUAGAUAAAAAACAGGGCCUCCAGGUCUCUGCCAAGCAGAAGGUGUCCCCGUGGGACUUAUUUGAGGGCCAGAAGAACCCCGCUCCUCUGUCCUGGGCCUGGUUUGGGACCGUCCGUGUGGACCGGAAAGUGAUCAAGUACGAGGAACAGCACCACUUGCUGCUGUACCACACACACCCCACACCCAAGCCCCGGAGCUACUACCUCGAACCGCUGCCCCUGCCUCCUGAGGAGGAGGAGGAGGAGCCCGCCUCACCCGUCUCUCAGGAGCCAGAAAGGAAGUCAGCCGAGCUGUCAGAUCAGGGGAAAACUGCAACAGAGGAAGAGAAGAAGAGCAGGGGCAGGAAGCGCAAGACGAAAUCCAGCUCCAGGGGGGAUGAAUAUCCACAGAGCAGCGUGUACCGAGUGCCUCCCAACUACUCACCCAUUUCCUCCCAAAUGAUGCACCAUCCACAGUCCACCUUGUGGGGUUACAACCUCAUGGGCCAGACCCAGCAGCCCGGCUUCUUCCUUCAGAACCAGGCUCUCACUCCAGGUGGCUCCAGGUUGGACCCUGCAGGCUCCUUUGUCCCAACCAAUACCAAGCAAGCUUUGUCCAACAUGCUGCAGCGGCGCUCGGGGGCCAUGAUGCAGCCCCCCGCCCUCCACGCCAUCACCUCGCAGCAGCAGCUGAUCCAGAUGAAGCUUCUGCAGCAGCAGCAGCAGCAGAGGCUCCUUAGGCAGGCCCAGGCCCGGCCCUUCCAGCAGGGCCCACCCGGGGACCAGGCUGCUCUCUUUGCUGCACAGGCUCGGCCCUCCCCUCAGCCCCCUCAGUAUCCAGGGCUGCAGCAGGCACAGACCAUGCCCCAGGGCUACACCAUGUACGGAACCCAGAUGCCUCUGCCACAGCCCGCACAGCCGCAGGCCGGCGUGGUCCUGUCCCCCAGCUAUGGCUCCCGGGCCUACCCGGCCGCACACUCCAGCCCUGCGCUCAUGGAGAGACUGAGGCAGAUGCAGCAGCAGCCCAGCGGCUACGUACAGCAGCAGGCCCCGCCCUACCUGCAGCCCCUGACGGGCACCCAGAGGAUGAACCACCAGGCUCUGCAGCAGAGCCCCCUAGUGGGCGGGGGCAUCGAUGCCAUGCUGACGCCUGCACACCCGAGCCUCCCCUCCGUGCCCCUGCCUCAGGACCCCAUGAGGCCCCGGCAGCCGCAAGUUCGACAGCAGCAGAGACUCCUGCAGAUGCAGCAGCCCCAGCAGCCCCCCCAGCCCCAGCCGUCUUCACAGCCCCAGAGCCAGCAGACCCUGGGUCUCCAGGCAGUGCAGCCCCAGCAACCCCUGUUCCCCAGGCCAGGCUUGCAGCAGACCCAGCAGCAGCAGCAGACGGCCGCACUGGUGCGGCAGCUCCAGAAGCAGCUUUCUAGUAACCAGCCGCAGCAAGGAGUGACUCCCUACGGGCACCCUUCACACUUCUGAAUCGGGAAGACAACCU